GUCUCAUGUUAUAUGUCAAAGGCUGAGCUCCAGGGCUGAGGUGCAGUCACCGAUUGCAGGCUGUGCUUUUCCAAGUCUAACCAGAUAAUCUACUGUCUGUAGUUUGCAGUAGCUCUAUUUCUUUUUUUCUGCUCGAGAUGUUGUGCUUGGCUUCUCAUGGCGAGUUACUGACGUUAUCUGGCAGAGGCUGCCUCCUCUCAUCUGUCAUCUGGUAGCAGUUGGGUUCAGCACGACUUCCACACAGAGAGCAAGGUCAAUGCAAGACACCAGCCUGACACCAGGACUGAAGACGCCUGCCGCAAAGGUGGUUGAAUACGACGAACAUGGCUGACACUUGUGACAAAUGGCAGCAGAGAGGUUCUAGUGAGAGGAGUGGGGUCCAGCUUCAGUUCAUCAGGGGCUCCAGCAGCGUCUCCAACUCUAAAACCACCACCAUCCGUCUUCGGGACAUUUAUGACCCCAAGCCUCAAUCGCCCAAACCUCCAGUUCGGAUCCGCCCUCCUCCACCCAGAACCCCCCCAGGGACGGAGCCCGGUUUAACACCCGGCACCACCACUGAGCCCCCGGUGAGGACGAUCAUGAGGAAACGAGCUCAGUCUCUACCUUCAAAUGCAGAGAGGAAGAAAGAGCUCAGGAGCCCGCAGGUUCGCUUCGUGGACUCGCUGGGCCUGGAGUUAGAGGAAGUGAAGGUCUUCAAAGUUCAGGAGCACCCGUUGAUCCCCCAACACGUUAUGUUCAGACUCAUGAUGAGCUCUGAGCUGGCUUUUCGGAAGUCACAGGAGCUCUCCCUGCCGUACUUCAAACCCUGUUUCCCAGAAAACAUGGAAGCUCAGCCCGACUUCCAGAGGCGUCUCUGCACUCAGAGUGUGUGUCUGCAGCGGGUCCUGUGUUCAGAGCAGGGGAUCACAGGCACCAUACAGGCACUGAAUCUAGCUUAUGAGAAAGAGGUCACAGUGCACUACUCUUUCACCAACUGGAGAACACAUACAGAGGCAAGUGCAUGCUGGGUAUCGAGUGCCAACCACGGGGAGAAUGGCGCUCCAGAGGCAGACACCUUCAGGUUUCGUCUGCCGGUGCCGCCCUUCAUUUUGCAGCCAGGAGCUGUGUUGGAAUUUGCCAUCCGCUACCAUGUGAGAGGAUCUGAUUACUGGGACAACAACGAUGGAAACAAUUACAAACUGUCGUGCCACAGCUACAAAGUGACUGUGCCGAGGGAGUGCGAGGACAGCAUGCUGCAUUUUACCUGAGUGUCCACAAUGGGGGGCUGUACAACACUUUGCAGUAACUAUUACCAAUGUGUCCUUUACUUUAGUAUAAACCCCUACUGGACUGUAAUAAAGUGUAUACAUCAGUACAUCUAC